AGCACAGCAACCACAGAUGAGCAUCACUGGUAUCCCCACGGUGGGAGAGCAGAGCAAAGUGUCCUGCACUGUGCACCAUACAUGUAUCUCUGCACCCCCCAUCCUGACCUUAAAUGAUGUACGUGGAGCAGACCUCACUGUGGACGUUCUUGUACCUGAUGGGAUGUGGGCAAGGACAGUUGAGCGAACUUGGACUGUACAAGAAGAGGACCAGAGUGUGAAAUGUACUGUUAGCUACUCUGGUGGUCAGAAAGCCACAAGUGAGCUCAGGCUGGAUGUUGAAUGUCCUUAUGAUGACAUCACAAUGGUUGAGCCACCAGGUGAGGUAACAGAGGGUGUGGCAAAAAGUGUCAUUUGUUCUGUUUCCUACAAGUGCAAAAAAAACAAACCAACCAUUGUGUGGAACUACAAAGACCUUCAGAGUUCAUUGCACACCGAACAGAUGUCGAGCUACACCUAUAAGACAGUGUCAAAUCUAACCUUUAUUGGCUCUCUGAGUGAUGACAGAAAACCUUUGACCUGCACUGCUCAGUUUAAUACCGGGGAGACCUCAGCCUUUGCAGUGCUUCAUAUAAAGAAAUAUGAAAAACCAGAUGAAGAAACAUCUACACAUGAUGGUUCACUGCCCUGACCCGCUCUUGUGUAGUGAUUCCCUGCACUUUCC